CUCACUUCUUCGAUCAUGAGAAUAACAAUGAGGGCACAUCAGGAAUCAAGAAGAUGGAGCAUCUGGAAACCCAGGUCAGCGACCUUCGAUCUUUCCUUCCAGGAGCUGUCCCCUCGGCCGCACCGACAUCGACAACGACACCCAAUGCCAACUCGAGGCCUGCAGCACACAUGGCUGGAGUCGUAAUAGGCCCAGGCGCUUCGACCGCCGCCACCACUCCACGUCAUCCCAGCCAGAGCGCUGGGUCGUCUGUUUCCGCCGUCGGAAGCAAUUCCGCACACCCAUCACCCCUCGCCUUUGCUGCCAACCACAACCCCCAGCCCGCAAGAAAUCACGGUGCUUCUGUCUCGACCCCUGGCCCUGUGUCAGCGCAUCGCUCUCAUGCAAAUGGCGGUGGUGCUGGCGGUGGAGGAGGAGGAGGAAACGGUGGCGUCGCCGCCACUGCCGGGGCGAAGCGGAAGCUCAACGACAACGCCAGCGACGACUCCUCGCAGAGACAGCAGAGGAGCAAGAGGAACAGGUACAUCUCCAUCGCUUGUAACGAGUGCAAGCGGCGCAAGAUCAAGUGCAAUGGCGAGACGCCGUGCCAGCGCUGCGGCAACCUCAACCUCGCCUGCCAGUAUGCGCCCAACUGCUGCUCCAACAACUUCAAGGACUCGGACGAGUUCAGGGAAAUGAGAGACAAUGUCGCCCGACUGCAGGAGCAGGUUGACACCCUGUUUCAGUCCAUGAACGCCCUCAAGCAGGAAACACUGCACCUCGCCCCAAUCCAUGACCGGGCCCUGCCCUUCCCGAACAGCGCUGCCGUCACUCCUUCCCCGUCCACAGCAACCAUGUCCUCCGUCCACAGGCAGGACCUGCCGCCGCCCCGGGCCCCGCUCCUUUUCCGUGGCCCGACGAGUGCCUCCUUCACCGUCGAUCUUGCUAAGAACUCGCUGCGACAGAUGAGGCAAGAAGGGAAGUUGCCGCACAUGGACCUUGCUGCCGCCGAAGGACUCGAGGACAACGCGGUCAUGAUCGAGGACUCACCUGCCCCAUCGCCCUACCAGACCUGGCCCUCAGCUGCCGAAAUGCCUCGGGGUCGUGCGCGAGAUCCCCUGUGGAACUUCGACAAGAAGGAGAUGGUACGCCUGUGCAGGCUCCACCAGGAGGAAGUCGGCAUCAUGUACCCCGUCCUCAAUAUCAACAAUGUCGUGAGCCAUGCCGUUUUUCUGUGCGAUUGGAUGGAGGCCAGCAGCAAGAAUGGGCUCGCUCCACACGGCAUUGGCCAAGACGAAGGCAUCAACAACAUCCACACGCUGGAACUCAAGAUCAUCAUGUGCAUCGGCCUGGUGGUCGAAGGGCAGGGCUACAGCCCCAAGGCCAUCCAGCUGUGGGACAGCAUGCAGCCUACGGUAGACCGGAUGCUCAUGAGCGACCAGAGCAAGAUAACGAACCUGCCCUUCUUGGCCCUCGUCGGCGGCUACAGAUUCCUCUCCAACGAUGAGACUCUAGCGUGGAGGGUGAUGGGCCAGGUCACUCGCCUGUGCUUUGAGCUUGGCAUUCACAGGAGGGACGUCAUCGACGCCAUGGGCAAUGACCAAGACCGCAGGAACGCCAUCAACACGUUCUGGUCGGCAUACGUGCUGGAUCGUCGGUGGAGUUUUGGCGUCGGGCUUCCUUUCGUCGUUCACGACGACAAAAUAGACCCGCAUCUUCCGUGGCCUGAUGAAUUCCCGUACCUCGUAUCCAUGGUCACUUUCUCCAGGGUGUGUGCCAAGGUCUGGAAGCUUGUGGACUUCUUCGAUCCUACCAUCAUGCGUCAGAUAGAGCGCGCUCAAUUUGAGGAGCUGGACAAAGAGAUACUGGAUUGGUACGAGAAAUCGGUCCCGGAGGGAAUCAAGAUCGACGGACUCACGGCUCAUGUACCUAUACCGGGCACUCCUACCUACGACAAUGAUCGUCUCCAAAUCUGGACACGAUUGAGACUGAACCAGAUUCGCAUCUGGCUGUAUACACCCAUCCUCCAUUCGUCAACAAGCAUCUCCAACAACCUUGAUCUUGCCCAGCGUGUCGUCGACCUUGCGAAGGAAACAAUACACUGUCUUAGUAUUCUGAACACGCACGCCGAUGUCUACCGCCGUAUCCAGGUAUUCUACAACCACUUCCUGACCUCGGCGAUUGCCUGUCUUUUUCUCGCAUCGGCCCACCGUCCCGGCGACUUGAGUGACCAGUGUCGGGACCCGUUCAACAUGUCCAUGGGGCUCAUUGAGGACAUUUCAUCCAAGAGCCAUGUUAGCCAGAGGCUGUGGCAGACAAUGGAGACAUUGAAGACAUAUGCGCCUUUUGUGGGCCUUGCCGACAAGACCGAUGAUCGACGGGGUCGGCAGAAGGAACAAUUGGCGAUGGCGGGGAUGGCGCGAAUGUCCCGCGGGGGGCAGCCCCCCUUUGACGUCCUGUCAUCCUCUGACCGCCACGGCUCCAUCAGUAGCACCAGUGCCGGCCAGCGGGCGUCACCGAGCCCCGGGUUCAUAGCUGGGUUUAGCGGACCCACUCAACCGCCGAGCCGGAUGGGCAGCCUCACGCCGCAUGCCGGAGGGGCUUCGCCGUACAACGGGGCACCUAGCGGCGCAGCGGGCCACGGCGGCCUGUCCUCGGGUGGCGAGGACGCGAAGAACGGACUGCGCCUGCGCAACGAGAUGUCGAGGGUGUACGAAGCACUGUCGAACGGCCUGGGUCCCGGCGACGACUUCUUCGCCGGGAGCCCCAUUGAGUACCCUGACAGCGGGCAGUUCAUGCCCAAUGCUGAACACGGCGUUUUUCAGCGCAUGAAGAAGAUGUUUUAGGUGGACAUGUAUACACACGCUCCUCCACUCCGGUGCGGGAUUGAUUUAGCAAGCCAUAUAUUAUUAUUUUGGAAUGCAAAGUUUGAGGCAUCUUUUGUCAGAUAUCAUGGCGGAGAAAGGUCUGAUCAAUAUAUCAUGUAUGAUAGGGUUGAAUGCGUGCAAGCUGCUACGGUCUUCCUCGACGCCAUGGGUCGAAGAUCAGCGUAGCUCACGAACAACCAAGGUCAUAUUUGCAGCGGCAGGACUGGAUACUGCUGCGGACUGUGGAAGAUGCAUUUUCAAGCAUAUUGAAGAGGUUGAUGAUCGUUGGAGCAAGCCUCAUGGGUGAGAGGAGCCCAAACAAGCCUUGAGCCCUUUGUUGAUCCUACCUAGGUACUGUGUCCCCCUGAGUGCUCUUUCAUCCUUUUGAUUUUAAUUUUGAAUCACAUUAAAAGGUGGUGAUGUAUACUAGUUUGGGAGAAAGUUUACAUUUGAAAGCGUAUACACGGACUUACCUACUGGGAGAAGAAAAAA